AUGCUGGACAGCAGGGAAUACUACGCAGACGACGACGCCAUCUUGCACUCGCCCGGUUUGACCGCAGUCGUGGUAAAGACAACGCCAUCACCAUCGCCUCCGCCCACUGUCACACCCGUACUUGAUCCCCCGUCACGCCCGCGGAGCCUUGCCCACGCUUCCCAAGGCCAAAAGGGCACCCAGCAACGCAGGCCCCGACCGAGACCUACCCAAGGCGACUGGGUGCUCAUUUCGCAAAUGGACCCCAACCGGCUGGACAUUGCCCAGCGAGCAAGCGAACAAGUUCUGAAUUUCGACACCGACUCUGGGAGCGACAUGGAGGUCGAAUCAUAUGGCGCGGCCCCAGCUCCGUCUGGCUUGAAUGGUUCCAACUCCGCACCAACACACCUCCAAUCACUAGCUCUGCAACAGACUGCGCAAGAAGCCCUCGGUUCGAGGACUGGCCCAAAGGCCACAGCUACCCACAGGGACUCUGUACUCGAGGACGACGUCAACCUUAGGCCCAUCCGCCUGGUUACAGAUAGACGCCCCUCCCAGGCAUCUGUGCACGUCGCAUCAAAUGCAGUACGUCAUGAAACAAACGGCAUACAUCGAUCCUUAUCUGGCACUUCUGCAGUCUCGAAUACAUCACUGCAACUACCCAACCAACACUUUGACGGCCUGUCAAAUGGAUCUUGCUUGGAAAUCAACUCAGCAACCUCUCCUGGGCUUCGGCAGCUGUCCAUUCCACAGACAAGGGGCUUGUCCACAGACACGCUGCCAGCACUACAGGCCCCUUCGCCGGGACGCGAUGGAUCUGCCGGAUCGCCUGCUCAGCAAUUGCCUUCGUUCAGGCACAUGGACGACAUUGCAAGGUCGGCGACGAGUGAGCAUGAUCCGAACAGGGCAAACAGCUUCGCCCAUCGACCAUCGGUGUCGUCGGUGGGGCAUUCACCAACAUCCAGAGUGCGUCAGUUGUCCAUCAGCUCACACUCCCCUGCAACGCCCUUUUCACUCAGCGCCUCCUCCCCCAUGAGCGCCAACGAGCCAUCUCAACGAGGUGACUUGUUUCUAAGAACAGCAGGCGGAGGCGUCUUUGGUGAUGCCCGAAGGCCCUCACAUGCUGCAUCAGACAGCGCUCCCUACAGCACAUUGCACUCUGCAUCAACGAGCGAUAGUUACCAUAGCGCAGAUGGGCUGAGUCCUGUCACACAACCAACACCCAUUGAGCACCGCCCGCGGCACAUGAGCUUGGAUGGUGCACUCGCAUCACGAGUAUUGCCACCGCCAGUGGGCUCUGGCUUACCACCGACCAUCCCUUCGCAUGCCACCGGCUCCUUCAAGUGCGACCACCCAGGCUGCAAUGCUGCCCCUUUCCAGACGCAGUACCUUUUAAAUUCACACACAAAUGUGCAUUCAUCAAACCGCCCCCAUUACUGUCCUGUAAAGGAUUGCCCCAGAGGCGAAGGAGGCAAAGGCUUCAAGAGAAAGAAUGAAAUGAUACGCCACGGCCUUGUGCAUCAAUCACCGGGCUAUGUCUGCCCGUUUUGUCCAGACCGCGAACACAAGUAUCCCAGGCCAGACAAUCUACAGAGGCAUGUUCGUGUACAUCAUACCGAUAAAGAUAAAGACGACCCCCAACUCCGCGAUGUUCUUGCUCAGCGUCCAGAGGGUGGGAGUCGUGGUCGAAGGAGACGUGUUAGCGACUCUGGUCAUUAA